AUGACCGAUAUAGGACCAGUUAAAGUUCAGCCCAUGCUGGACAAAAUUUCGACACUCAUCAUAACACAAACAAUAUUAACGCCCUCCACAAACAACGGAACUCUUGAGUCUGAUCCUUACUUGAGGAAAACCCUUGUACAGCUUCCUCAAGAAAAGUGGUCCUUAUCCAAAAUGGAUAUUAAUACAACAAAAUUUGCCUUGGAAAGCAUUGGGAUAGUUGAUUGUUUUGAAGGGGUAAUAAGGUACAACAAAACCAACACCAACAGCGUGAUAACACCAAAGAAAUUUUUGGACAUUCUGAAAGUAACAGGAGAACCACUUCCAUACCGAGUACUGUUUAUCGAUAACGACAUCAACAAUAUAAAAAGCGCCAAGGAGAUCGGAAUUUCAACAUGUCAUGUAGUGCAAGGUUCCAACGGAGUGCCUCAUCCGAAUACUGUAGAUUUUCAAAUAGAUACAGUCUAUCAUGUACAGACCGACUUGAAAGAACUGAAAAAUUUUAAACGACAAGGAGAAAGUGAUGAGGAACGAGGUAGCCCUUUAGCAGUAAGAAAUGAUAUUGUGAAUACGAAAUCAAAACUUGUUUCAAACAGUAGUACAAACCUGGACAAACGACAUAUGGUUUCUUCCACUCUCUUGCAAGAAGAUCUUCCUUUAAAACCAAACCCCAUCCAAAGACCCUCUCCGAUUGUUAAUAAGGUUUCUCCAACCCCACCUGAGGUGUUUGAAAUUCCAAGUUCAAUACCACCAGACAAAAAAACUCCCCUUGAGAAAAUCAAACUGAACUCGAUAGAUCCCUCAACUUCAAGUAACUUUAAUAAUACAAAUAUAGGAGUGCGAAGCAGUGUGGCGUCGGAAAGCUCUUCGAGCAAUACUCCAAAGAAAAAGAAGAAACGGAAAAAGAAGGAAAAAGAACCCAAAGUUUCUGAUGGAGCAGGAGAUGAUAGUGGGACUGAAAAAAAGAGAGUGAAACAACUGCCACCUCUGCAAACGACACCAAAUGGUCUUAAUCAUGUCAUUGAUGAUUCUUUCCCCAAACAAAAGCAAGCUGAAAUUUCAAAUACAAGCGAACUAUUGAAAGAUUUAAAUUUGGAUGAAGCACAAGGAAAGAAGAAGCUUAAUCCUUUACCUUUCAGAAGGCCAGACGAUGACCCUUUUUCCAUUCAAAACAAUAACAAGAAAGCUUAUUCAGAAUUAAUGUUUUAA